AUUGAGGAACCGAGUGGUCUUGCAGAGCACCAUGCUGAUAACAAAGAUGAGUUUGUGCAGAAGGAAAAGCUUGCUGAACAGGCGGAGAGGUACGACGAUAUGGCACAGUCUAUGAGAAAGGCGGAAGAUUCCGAGAGGAUGCACCGGGUGGCCAAAAAAUAUCGUGAAAAAGUUCAUAAGGGACUCUGUGGCAUUUGCCAGGACAUCUUGAGCUUGCUGGACAAAUUUCUUAUCCCAAAGGCUGGUAAUCCUGAGUCGAAAGUGUUUUACCUCAGGACGAACCGUGACCACUACAGGUACCUCGUUCAAGCUGCAGCUCGGGUGUCCACAGUCGCAGCAGUCAUACCAGGAAGCAAACAUCGCCAAGGGCAAGAUGCAGCUACUCACCCCAUCCGCCUUGACGUCAUCUUGAAUUUCUGA